AUGCUCCUCACUCGCCUCAGCCACCUCCAAAGGCCGCUCAUCCCCCACACGCGCACCCUCUUCCACUGGCUGAACAUCGUCUUCAACCGCGUGGACGACGAACGACGGAAACAAGUGGGGCCUGACAGGUCUUGUGCCGAGUGGCUGUUGCGGAACGGGGCCCACGUCAAGUGGGAGCACUGCAACGAGUUUCUCACAGACUAUAACAAACUGCCGAGCGACAGGAUUAGGUUACACAUCGUGGAAGUGAACGCGUCUGAAGCCAGCAUAAUGCACUACGGGUUUGACCAUUUCGUGGGGUGCGAACACAUCCGGAAAAUCAUUUUCCACAAGUGCUACUAUCUGGAGAAUGAGGCGUUGAAAGGGCUGUCGGUUUUAAAAAACUCAUUACUUUAUUUACAAAUCACCGAGUGUUUGAAUAUAACAGAGCCGGGGCUGAGUCACCUCAACGCGUUGAAUAACUUAAAAGAGCUGAUUCUGGCCGAUCUGCCGUACGUCAAAGAGAGGGAAAAAAUCGUCGAUAAAUUACAGCACGGCCUGCCACAUUGUACGAUACAGUUCCAUUAAAUAAUCAACCCUC